AUGCCACUAGAGAAACCACCAUGCGGCAAUCCGUUAUUCUUGAAAUGGAUGGAAGAACUUCGGGACGCUGCUCGAGAGAAGAAUAUGAAAUCUGCAGAAGGGUACAACAAAGCAUGUCGGUCAUUACAGAAUUGCCCCGUCACCUAUACACGGCCUAGGGAAUUAGUCGUCCUUCAACAUAUAGGGGAGAAGACUGUAGCUAUUUUGGAGAAGAAGUGGAAAACGUAUUGCGAGGAGAAUGAUAUAGUAAUGGAAUCACCUACAAAGACCAAAAACAAAGGUAAAUCGAGAGCUACCCCAUCCGAUAACGAAUCUACCAAUUCCUCUACAGAGGCAGCACCGAAAAAGAAAGCUCGUAAAGCCUCUAAACCCAAGGCAUACAUCCCAGCUAAAGGAUCAGGAUCAUAUGGGAUUCUAAUGUCGUUAGUACUCGCGAUUGAUAAUCCCCAAAUCAACACUCAGGUGUUCUUGACGAAAUCGGAGGUUAUAAGAGGUGCUCAGGAUUAUUGUGAUUCAUCGUAUGAUCAUUCGGAGAAGGGAACUUAUUUCACUGCGUGGAGUGGGAUGAAGACUUUGGUCAAUAAGGGUUAUGUGUACGUUACGGGGAAUCCACAUAAAUAUUGUUUAACAGAGGAAGGAUAUGACGUAGCUGUGACGAUGAGGAACCUCAGGCCUGAACUCGGUCAUAUUGAGAGACACCCAUUCCUGCAUACACCUGCUGUUGGCGGAUCGAAUACGCCUGUCAUUCCAUCUCGCAAUAUCCCUCCUGCUCAGACACCGCUCGCCGGAGUCCCCUCUCAUACCUCGUCUCGCCAUAUAUCUCCGGAGAAACCUGUUUCUCGUGCGAAGCCUGAACGAUUCCAAUUUUGGUAUAUAGAUUCGUCCGGAAAUCGAGUAUCCUCCCUUUCAUCUUCCACUAUACGUUUAGACCCUACGGAAUUCACUAAUUUACGCAAGGUCGAAUUCAGAUUCUCCCAACGCAAUCACCCUUUCGCCUCCCAACUACGCUUGGUAGACGACCAUUCGCUCGCUAGGGUCAGAGACGAUACCGGUCAAUCCACCUUAUUUGGAUACGUAGUGGAAGAAGAAGCUCCUCCCACCUGCAGCAAAUUCGACGAGGAGCCGGUUCUCACAAGUAAAACGAAGAGAAGGUCAAGUGGAUCACCUGUACUUGACCUAUUAGACAGUAUUGCUCCCGAUGAAGAUGAUGAAGCCUUGGUAUCCAUACCUCAAACUCCCAAACCCAAAGCAUCUUAUCCUAUCGAUGAUCUGAUUACAGCUGAAAGGACGUUCGCCCGAACCGUCUCUGCACCUGCCAAACCCCAAUCACCGAUAUCAAACUUGGCGGCUGAAGCUGCACUUCAAAGACAGGUCGGUGGACAGGCGUCCAAUCGAUCACACUCCUUGACAGAACUUGAUAAACCAUCAAAACCGUCUAGACCCGCACCAAGGUUAUCGUCGCAUAUUCCUACUCCGACUGUUCAUGUACAUCUCGAUCAACCCCUUCCUUUAUCCUCGACGAUCGCAGCUACCGAUAAGAUAUCAACUUUUCAGCCUUCAGACGCUAUUGUAUAUCCUCCCGGAACGUAUGAGAUCGUUUUGGUCGUUGAUACCAGAGAAGUUGAAUCCCGGUCAAACAGGGAUAAGAUCGCUGAAACGCUUGCUGCGAAGGGGAUCAAGGUGGAAACUAGGGCCUUGAGGCUGGGCGAUAUGUGCUGGGUCGCUAGGAGGACGGUGGGUGAUUUAGGCGGAGAAGAGGAUGAGUGUGUGCUGGAUUAUGUGGUGGAGCGAAAGAGAUUGGACGAUCUAUGCAGUUCUAUCAGAGAUGGAAGGUAUAAUGAACAAUGUUUUCGUCUCUCCAACUCGUGUAUCAACCAUAUCUACUAUAUCGUCGAAGAUUGGCAAGUCACCGAGAGAAUGGAGUAUCACGGUCUACAAAUUAUGACUGCCAAAUCCCAGAUUCAAAUCCAUAAUCGUUUCUUCCUCAAGGAGACACACAAAUUAUCAGAGACCAUAGAUUUCUUGACGACCAUGACGAAAGUGAUCCAAUCUUCCUAUCGCGACAAAUCGCUGUAUAUCAUACCGACGCGAUACCUCUCUAGAUCGACGUACAAAUCCCUCCAAAAUCACCUGAAAGAGACUUAUCCAGAUCAAGAAUUCUUGACGAGUUUUGGGGCAUAUCAGGAAUUAAAUGAUAAAUCAGCUUCGCAGACGUUGAAAGAGAAAUUUGCGAGAAUGUUAUUAUGCGUUAAAGGGAUGAGUGCAGAGAGGGUAUCGUCAAUAUUGGAUAUUUGGGAAACGCCCCGAUCACUACAUGAAAGUCUGAAAGAAAGAGAGGGACAACCGAAAGAGUUGGAAGUUGUGGAUGAAAGUACUGGAAAGAAAAGGAAGAGAACAAAAGAGAUGUUCUUUGCUGAUUGUGUUAAAGGAGAGGGAAGGAGGAAGAUUGGUGAUGCCCUUAGUAGAGAGUUGUGGAAAGCUUUUAUGGGAAGUGAAAAUGGCGAGAAAUGA